AUGUUUACUGUUUAUCGGCAAAGAGGCGGCUUUGGUCAACCAAUAUUUGCAGACAAAGAUUUUUCAGUGUCAUCCUGUUUGACCUCAGGAAGACACUCAAAGCUUUACAAUGGAGAUAUAUGCAAGAAUUUUCUUUCUUCUUUUAUGUUUUAUGACAUAUGGGUCUUCAAAUGCUGCAGGUUGCACUGAGCUUCCAAAAUUAGGUAAUGCAGAAGUUUCUCCUGGUUUAUUGAAAACCAACUACUCUUCUGGUGAUAAACUAGAGUACAGCUGCAAGCAUGGCUAUGUCUCUCUGCGAAAAAUCAGCUACAUAUGUGAUGGUAAAAAAUGGAUUAAACUGCAUGAGGCAGAAUGUACGCUCAAACGCUGUGAGCAGCCUGCAGAUAUUCCAAAUGGCCAAUACAGUAUUGUGAAUGGUAAUAACUUUGUUUUCGGAACAACCAUCAAGUAUACCUGCAAAGAGGGCUUCCAGAUGACGAGUCGGUUUGACAGCAGAACAUGUCGCCUUGGCGGUUGGGAUAACCAUUUACCUGAAUGUGAAGAGGCAACAUGUCUUCCAGACAAAAUAGGGGACAACAUCAAAGUGGAGGGACUCCCUGGUUAUGGGGAUUUAUUCCGAUUUGGACACAGGCUGAAAUUUUCAUGUGAUGAAAAACUGCUAAUUUUGAGGGGAGCAAAAGAAAUUAAGUGCCAGUCAAAUGGAAAAUGGAGCAGUCCUUUUCCUAAGUGUGAAGAGGUAACAUGUACUAAAAAUGCAACUGAGGACAACAUCAUAGUGCAGCGAAUCCCUGAUCAAGAGGGUUCUAUUAAAUAUGGACACAUGUUAAAAUUCUCAUGUCUUCAUGAAGGGCUGUUUUUAAAAGGAAAGAAAAACAUCACCUGCCAGGCAAAUGGAGAAUGGAGUGACCCAUAUCCUAAAUGUGAAGAUAUUUAAGCAUCAGUUCAAUGUGUUGAACUUCUCCUCUGUCUUACCAAAGCCAUCCAGAAAUCACUCUGGACCCCACUCACCCUGCCCACUACCUUUUUGAACUGUUGCCUUCUGGCUGACGCUUCAGAGCUCGGAGAACCAGAACAGUCAGGCACAGGAACAGUUUUUUUCCCCCAGGCUAUCCAUCUCAUGAACAGUUAAAACUGCCCCUUUGAGCAAUAAUUACAUCCUACCUCUUCUGCCAUUACAUUCCCUUGUAGUGUAUAUAACCGAUUUUUAUUUAGAUUCACACACACACGCAAAAGUUUGCAUACCCUGGCAGAAAUUGUGAAAUUUUGGCAUUGAUUUUGAAAAUAGGACUGAUCAUGCAAAAAAACCCUGUCUUUUAAGGAUAGUGAUCAUAUGAAGCCAUUUAUCAUCACAUAGUUGUUUUGCUCGUUUUUAAAUCAUAAUGGUAACAGAAAUCACCCAACUGGCCCUGAUCAAAAGUUUACAUACCCUUGAAUGUUUGGCCUUGAUACAGACACACAAGGUGACACAGGUUUAAAUGGCAAUUAAAAGGUUGAUUUCCCACACCUGUAGCUUUUUAAAUUGCAAUUAGUGUUGGUGUAUAAAUAGUCAAUGUGUUUGUUAGCUCUCACUUUGAUGCACUGAGCAGGCUAGAUACUGAGCCAUGGGGAGUAGAAAAGAACUGUCAAAAGACCUGCGUAAUAAGGUAAUGGAAAUUUAUAAAGAUGGAAAAGGAUCUAAAAAGAUAUCCAAAGCCUUGAAAAUGCCAGUCAGUACUGUUCAAUCACUUAUUAAGAAGUGGAAAAUUUGGGGGAUCUCUUGAUACCAAGCCAAGGUCAGGUAGACCAAGAAAGAUUUCAGCCACAACUGCCAGAAGAAUUGUUCAGCAUACAAAGAAAAACCCACAGGUAACCUCAGGAGAAAUACAGGCUGCUCUGGAAAAAGAUGGUGUGGUUGUUUCAAGGAGCACGAUAUGACGAUACUUGAACAAAAAUUGGCUGCAUGGUCAAGUUGCCAGAAAGAAGCCAAUGCCACAAAAAAGCCUGGUUACAAUAUGCCUGACAACACCUUGACACGCCUCGCAGCUUCUGGCACACUGUAAUUUGGAGUGACGAGACCAAAAUAGAGCUUUAUGGUCACAACCAUAAGCACUAUGUUUGGAGAGGGGUCAACAAGUAUUGUGCUCCUUGAAACAACCACACCGUCUUUUUCCAGUGACAACCACAUUUAAAUGCAGGAGUGAAUCCCCUAAAUCAUCGUCCCAUGUGUACGAAAUACAGGACUGACUCCCGCAAUUGCGAUGACUGACAAGUGUAGCCAUAGCAGCGCUGCAGCUUCUCACACCUGUGAAAUCUGAAUGCCACCAGUUUAACCCGUUUUUAGUUUACUGUUUUUGAACAAAGAGAUUAUCCACCACAGAUGUAUUAUCCGACAAUGUUUAGUUAGCUGCCGUCGUCAGAAUCGCUGUGUUUUGUUUAUGCACAUAUACUGUAAACGGCUGUUGUUAAACUGCCUCCCAUGGCUCCACCU